AUCUGCCACUGCCACAAGAUCAUUUUUCUUCAUCGAGACACUGUUUGAAUACCGCCUAAUUCUCCCUCUGCAGUUUACACCUCGUUAUCUUGCUACAAGGCUUGCCAAGUGAAAACCCACACUGUACACAAGAGUUUAGGUGAACGCGCUUUGGUAGGCUUCAGCGCUUUGCAUAGUAUGCUGCAACCACUGCACCUCGAACAAACACGUGUUUAAUUUACCACGAUCCACACAGAACACGGCUGGGAGUCUUAGACUGCGUACAUAUCCGUAAAAAUUAAAGUAACUUUUGAAUGGUCAUACAUAUGAUCGGAGCGACGGGGAAUGUCUUCCAUGAAGAAGUGCUAGAUAGAAACAAUAGGACAACUGGGAGGAACGCCUCCCUCUGAACGCAGACAGUAAAAAAUCAAUGCGAAGCGGAGGGAAUUGGGGGAGAGUUGCUGGAUGCACCAGGAAAAUUCAGGCUCUGUGACGUGUUCUCGCUGCCAACUCUCCCAGGAUCCGUGUUUUGCAUCGCUCUGCAAUUUGCAUUUUUUACAUUAGCCUUUUUCCGCGCGAGUUUCCACGCGUCCGAACCUGCGCGUGCCUCGGCAAUUGUGUACGUUACUGUCAUCCCUUUAAUAGCUUUGUAUGCGGAUAGAAACAAGUGGAAAGUUUAAAUGAUGUGAGGGCGGCCAGGCGAAAUACACUGGCUUCAUCGCAUUUCAGCCGCAGGUGAACCGCUCGUAUAUGCUGCUGUAACCAGCGACAGCUAGUCUACAUACAGACGUGCUACUCAGCCGUUUCAUUUUUUUUCUUUGGAAGUUUUUUUUUUUUUUUAAAUUUUGUAUUGAUUAGCGUCGAGUGUGUUCGGUAAGGUGAGAGUAGGAGACAUCAUGUCGGAGGUGCUGCCUUACGAGGAGAAAAUUACUCACUAUGGCGAUGAUGGGGACGUGGGGCAAAUCUCCCUCACCUGUCGUCUGCAGGAUACCAGUAACUUCUUCGGUGGUUCCCAGAACAAAAGACCCCCUAAACUCGGCCAGAUUGGAAGAAGUAAACGAGUUGUGAUUGAAGAUGAUAGCAUCGACGGCGUGCUGGAGAACACGACAGAGAAAGCACCCCCAGGUGUCUAGAAGGAUCCCAAAGACGUUGUUAGAGGAGACUAAUGACCAUGCACCACCCACGUUUGGCAACAAAGCACUUUGAAAUCCCUCACAGAGCGGGGCUGCGGUCCACUGUGCGAUCAGCGGUCAGUGUCCUGGUGCAGGCUUGCAAACAGAAAAGGCUGAGCGAAUCGGCUUCGAGCGCUGAGCUUUUUCUUGUUGACAGCGUGCAAUUAAACCCUUAUCGAUCAAUUUAACCCAAUCCGAAUAUGCUGAAGGCUGAGAAGGAAUUGUGCCCCCCCCCAAGUGCAGCCAGUAUUGUACACCUAAGCGAGCAGGAAGAAGGAAAAAUGACACAGAUAAGCACACCACUGUAUAUCUCAACCCCUGUUGCAUUCUGUCGCUGUAUGCUGGCUGUGACUGAGCACUUUGUUUACUCUCCAUAUCUUGCAAAAUGAUAUACUAUGAUCGUUUUUUUUCUGUGCACAAUGGAAGUAAAACGCAUUUCGAUGUUCUUCACCUGUAAAAAUGCACCAUUUAUUAACUUUUGGAUACCUUUUUUUGCA